AUGUUCAAUCGCUUCCCCCCUCCCUUUCUUUCCCUCUGCGUGUGUGUGUGUGCACGUUCAGUCAAUCCCAAUUACAACGGAGGGGAGCCCAAGAGGUCUCGCACUGCCUACACCAGGCAGCAGGUCCUGGAGCUGGAGAAGGAGUUUCACUUUAAUCGCUACCUGACCAGGAGGCGACGCAUCGAGAUCGCGCACACGCUCUGCCUCUCCGAGCGCCAGGUCAAGAUCUGGUUCCAGAACAGGCGCAUGAAAUGGAAGAAAGACCAUAAACUGCCUAACACCAAGAUGCGCUCCUCGAACCAGUCCACACUGAGCCAGCAAUCCAAAGGACAGACACAGGGCCACCCCCAUCCUCUCGAUGGGGCUACACCCAAUGCAGCCGCGCUAUAAAUAUU